AGCCUAUCUGUCUUGUCAAUGUCAUAAUUACCUACUCAAACAGAGUUGGUACAACAAAAUAACGUCUUCUUGAAUUUUGAUACUACAGUAAUUUGAAAUUAAGUCACAAAGAUGCCUUUAUUGGAAUCUUGUUGGUCACCAUGUAUCUGGUCUUCCGAUGUGAAGACGGGCAGUCGCGCAGUGGCAGUCUACACCGCCGCUAUGAGUGUCAUUCUCAUUACGUUUAUAGCUUACCAGAUGGAUGGAGGAGACUCCACGCAGCUAUGGAAUCCAUUAUUUGAAGCCGAUGUUAGAGAAUCACUUCAAAUAUUUGGGAUAAUUUUCAUUAUUAUAUUUGUGGCAUUUAUUGUGUCUUCGGUUCUGAUGGUGAUUGGAAUAAAUAUAUGGAUGCGAGGUAUGAUGUUGCCAUGGAUGAUCAUCAUGGGCCUGAUUAUAUCAUUUCAACUUAUAUUUGGUUUGUGGCUUCUUGGUGGAUACUACAUUUAUUUGGAUGCCACGUUUGCUGCACUUAUAGAUUUCGUGUGGAUGGCAUAUAAUAUCUACUGCUGGCUGUGUGUGUUUUCUCAGUAUCAAAUAAUUUUGGAAAUGCAAUCACCAAAUAUAGAAAUCUUAGUGGAAUAUUAGUAGUGAAGUAGUUUUAGUAAACAUGACGUAAAAUGAACUUAUCAUGUACCUAACAAUGUAAAUUUAUACAUAUCUAUGCUGGAAAAAUAAGUGCCUAGAAUGCCACUAGCUGAUAUUGAGUUAUAUAUUAUGUGUAUAUAUGUAGCAUGGAAUUGUUUUUUAUUCUGUGUCAAAUGCAUAUUUAAAAACAGUAUUGAGAACAGUUGGUGAUGAUUUAUUCAAAUAAGAAACAUUUCUUUAGUUUAUACUCUUCACAACUUGUUGUUGUUUUUAAAUUAUUUAUAAAAAAUGCAAAUAUAUGAUAUUAACUGUUUUACUAUAUCGGACAUUUGCUGUAUUACCUAAUAUCAUUUGGUUUUUUUUUUGCUCUCUUGUUAUUUGCUAUAUAAAUGGCACUGAAUACGUUUUGUUCUUCCAGUCAUGUAUUUAUUAAGCAAUAAUUAAGUAGUAUUAAAUUUCUUUUUUAUUUGUGUGAUUGUAGAAACUUCUUGAAUAGUAGUUUAUACUGUUUUGUAUCAAUAUCUGGGUAUCUCCUUUUAAAACCUUCUACAAACCUAUUUUAAUUAUUAUACGGUUUUGUCACUUUCUUUCAAAUUGAGAAUUUAACACAAAAGAAAAGGACAAAACAGUUUAAUAACUAAAAUAGAUUUAUGAGACCUUUGACGUGUGAUAAGAGGGUAAGUCUACAUAAAAAAAAAAAAACUGUCAGUUAAAAGUUAGGUUCAUUUGGUUUCAGAGUCUCCUUAUACAGUCAUAUUUUAUAGUCAAUGAUAUGUAUACAGUUCUUAAUAUGAUCUGAUUUUAGUUUUGACCAUAUUGUAAUUAAUUAUAUAUCAUCUAGACUGAAAUAUAUAAAGUGCUGAAAUGUUAAGAUGAUGAGAAUGUGAUGAAAUGUUAAGGAUUAAAUCACGUCAGUUAGCCUAUUGUAACGGGUUCUCUCGAGUUAAUGAAAUAAAUCGCGAUGGUUUCUAGAUCGAUCGCGUGUAGGUCGACCUGAAAUGCCAAUCUUAUAAACCGUCGUGUGUAAAUGUUGUUAGAGUAAUACACUUAUAAAUAAGCUUGACCAUCUCAUUAAAUGUUUUUAUAACAGUAUUUUUUUUUAUAAUUGUCUCAAGUUAUUGCAAAUAAUAUCUCGUAGUUGUAAUUCAUCUAUUUAAUAAGUGGUACCUAUUUUUAUUAAACGAAUUCUUAUUUUAUUUUAAUACUAUGUAAAAAUUACCAUUACUUACUUUUUUAAUUAAUUAGAGACUUCUAAUUGCUAUCUCAAAUUAUCUCCCAUGAAUGGUUUUAAUAGUGGAUUUUUUUUGUAAUUAGUUUUGUAUGCUGCAACUACUUACUAAACUAUCUAAAUUA